AUGUGUGAUAGUUUUAUUGCGGAUGAAGUGAGAAGGUUGGAGCUUGAAGAACAGUUACAAUCAUUCCACAACAGUUUCAAAAGUUAUAAGCAAGAGGAAAAUGAUGGAUCGAUCCACUCAAAUCUGGAUGGAGACCUGGAACUUGAUCUGCUUCAGCAUAUGAAGAAAAGGCGAGAAUAUCCAGCUGGACGAUUUUUGAAGAAAGAAUUGGAGUAUAUUGCUGAAACCUACUGUAACAAUUAUGAAACGUUUUACCAUUCAACUGUCAACGGCGGAAAGGAUAAAGAUGCUAUUGCAAGAAAGAAAGCCCUGCUGACAGAAAUGGCCGAACAUAUUUCGACCCUUGGCGAGGAGCAUCGUACUCCUGAGCAGGUGGAGCAGAAGAUACGAGAUGAGCUGAAACGUGUGAAGAAGUACAUGGCUGCGAAGAGUCAAGCUGGUCUUGCUAACAACAGGAGAGAGAUAAUCUUGUCGUCACCGCAGCGCAUGAUUGCAGAGGUCAUUGAGAGGACAACAGUUGAACCGAUCAAGCCGAAGUCUUCUGAACAGAACGGAGUGGAAGAGGCAGUAGCUGUCGACACUUCGUAUAUCGAUGUUCCCACAGCUAGUUCUUCAAUGGAAGUGAGUCCACCACUAUUCAAUCGUCAAAUCGCUUCACCACUUCAUGUGCGUAGGAAGAAACGAAGAUUGCUGAGCCAAAGAGAGCUUCCCUCAAUUCAACCCGACGAUUGCAGGAACGACUUCGAGUUACUGAAGGAGAAACGACGGAUUCUCGACGAAGACAUGAAAUAUGCCAGAGCAAAAUUGGAAGCGGUAACUGCUGAACGUGACUAUUGGAUGGCAAAGAUCGAUGUUCUGGAUCUGGAACGUCAGUUUUGGAUGCGUGAGAUCGAGCGAACACUUAAUGGUCGGCUUUGA